CUUUUUUCUUUACUUUUUCUUUUAAAUUUUCCACAUUUUCCACAUUUUCCACAUUUUUCGAUUUAAAAUUCUAACCCCCACUCUAUUAAUCUCUCCAAGCUAUGGACGGCUCCGAAGAUGACCUAUUUGGCGGCGGGUUCAGUCCGACCGACCGCUCGCGGCAAAGCCAGUCGGAAUUUACAUUCAACACCGACGAGAUGAAUCCCUUUGGCGAUUCCAGCGUCGUCUGGGAUUCCACGCCCACAACCAACCCAGCGACAACCACCAAAUCCCUGGACAAUUCAACAGACUCUAGCGAGGACGACUCCUCUCACCUGCAGCGCCGAACCGAAGCACUAGCCAUCGACGACUCACAAGCAUCCCUGGAUGACGAAGCCGGUUCCUCUGCUGCUGCCCCUGCCUCUGCCUCUGCUGCUGUUGAGCGCGAUCAGGGCAUUGCUGCCCCAGUGUCCAAUGGGACAGAGGCUGCCUUUGCUGCUGAUAAGCCUGUGUCCUUGGGGUACGCUGCGCAGCCGGCCGUGCAGACUGCGCGCCGGGUGGGGAUUAUAAAGCGCGGGCUGCGGUCUCCCCGAGUCCUGGGCAAACAAUCGCAAGCCUCAUUUGAAGACCCGCUUUCAAGCGCAGCAGCAGCCAACAACGAGGGUAGCAACAUGUCCAUUCCCGCCGCCAGAGCAAGCGUUGAUGUCGCGUACUCCACUCCGUACAACUCGGCCACUGUGAAAACGCGCCAGACACGCUCAAUGUCCGAGGCGCGCCGCCGGGCAAGCUUUGACAGCCCGAUGAAGCAACAGCAGCACAAUGUGCAUCCGUACGACCAGCAGCUGCCGCCGCCUCAGCAGCAGGAGCAAAUCCAGCAUGCGCACGAGCAUACCGACCGCGUGGCCUCGUCGCCACCAUCGUCGCAGACCAGCCGUCCAAGUGCUUCCGGAUCCAACACCACAUCUUCCCGUGUCUCCGCCUCGUCGCGCGCGUACUUGAACGCGCCGCAGCGCAGACGGUCUUUGGACCCGACGCCCGUCGACCAGAUCCCCAAGUUCCUCAUACACGUGACUGAGCCAGUCAAGGUCAGUGACUCGCUCAAAUCAUCCUACAUCGCAUACAAGGUGUGCACGCACAGCGACGCGCCGAUGUUCCGCGAGUCCGAGAUGGUUGUGCGCCGCCGGUACCGUGACUUUGACUGGCUGGCGCAGGAGCUCGUGGCGAGGCACCCUGGGAUCAUCGUACCAGCCAUUCCUGAGAAGCAGUCCAUGGGCCGGUUCGAGGACGAGUUUGUCGAGGCUCGGCGCGCUGGCUUAGAAAGCUGUUUGAUGCGUAUAAGCGAGCAUCCGGUGUUGUGGUGCGACGAUGUGUUUAGGCUUUUCAUCGAGGCCGAUGACUUCCCAACCAAGGCGCGCAUGAUCACGGAGAACCGCGUGGCUGCCGAGAUUAACGGCACCGGCCCGCAACUCAGUGGCAGUAGCACUGCCGGUGGCAGCGGGUUGUUUGGCGACGCAUGGGGCGGCACAAAGUACAAGGAGAAGGACGAGUGGUUUGCCAAGCGCAUGCAGGAGCUGGACGCCAUUGAGGAAGAGCUACGCGCACUGCUGCGUGCCCUGGAGUAUUGCCAGCGGCAGCGGCGCGAGCUCAGCAUUGCCCAUGGUGAGUUGGGCGAGUCGUAUCUCAAGAUGGCUGGCCAGGAGCUCAGCAAGUCGCUUGCCAAUGGACUCACAGAUAUGGGGUCUUUGCAAUUAAAGCUCAAGGUGCUGCAGAACCGCCAAGGCGUUGCUGACCUUGCCGCCUUCCAGCUCACCACCGAGGAGUACAUCCGCAUGAUUGGCGCCGUGCGCACCGCCUUUUCUGCCCGCGGCCGCGCCCACGGUCUGUGGCAAACAAGCCUGGGCGACCUAAUUAAGCGCCGCAAGGUCCUGGAGGGUCUCGUGCAGCAUCCCUCGAGGGCGUCCCCUGAGCGCAUGUCACAAUUGAAGGGGGAGAUUGCACGCUCGGAAAUACGCACUGAGUCUAGCCGGAAUGCCUUUGAUGAUGUCUCGUUAAUCUUGAGGAGGGAGAUGGCCAGAUUUGAUGUGGGCAGAGUGAGGGACUUCCAGGCGGCCAUUGAGUCUUACUUGGUGUCUCUGAUUGAGACGCAGGAGGAGAUUGUGUUGCUGUGGGAGGCGUACUUGACAUCGCUGGCGAAUACGGAUCCAUCGGCCGAUGCCAGAUCCAAUGUGUAGAUGAGCGUUUUUUGUUGAAGUUCAAACAAGAACAUUGAUAUGAACUGGUUGUUGAAACUUGAUUAUGGCGUAUAUGUAUAUGUAUAUGUUUAUUAGACAAGUUGAACUAAUC